GCCAACCAACCCCUUCCAAGAAAACUGCAGGGCCAUUAAUCACUCCCCCCUACCCACUUGCUGGGAGAAAGUACUUAAAGCCCCUUCGGGGAUGGCUGGGUGGAUGGAGAAGCGAAGCUCGGAGUUGCAGCGGGAGCUUCUCUUCCUCUCCCCGAGCGCCGCGGGGAGCAGCCCGCCAGCAUCCCCGGAGCGCAGCGCAGCGCAGGAGUUAAGCAGCCAAGGCUUGAGCGGGUCUUGCGCGGCCGGGCAUCUCAGCGCAGCUCAUCGCAGCGCAGGGGGAGCAUCGGGCGGCGCUUGAGCUGGCUGGGGGAGACCCCCCGAGCCGAGCCGGGCCGGGCUUCUCGCGAGAGGGGCGGCGCAGCCCCAGCCGGAGGAGGAGCCGCGGCCGGGGCUGGCCGGAGAAAGAAAGAAAGCGGGAUAACCGCGCGGCCGAAGCGCGAUCCGGGCAGCGGGGCCGGCCGGAGGUUGUGACCAUCCAUCAAAGCCAUGUUGGAUUCCAGAGGUUUUCCGUUGAGUUGGAGAUGAGCUCCAUGAGGAAGUAGCUCAAGACCCCACCUGGCAGAAUGACCAAGGCCCGGCUUUUCCGUCUCUCGGUGGUCCUUGGCUCCAUUUUCAUGAUCUUGUUGAUCAUCGUGUAUUGGGACAAUGUCGGAACCGCGCAUUUCUACCUCCACACCACCCUCUCGAGGCCUCAGGGGGUGCUCCCCACAGCGGGGAAGGACAACCCAGGGUCUCUGCUGGAGAUGGACGACUUUUUGGAGAACCUAUUAAAUUCCAACCUGAAAAAGAACAUCGAUGUGGGCCGGAAGGCCGAGAAGCCCAAGACGCCCUUGCGUGCUUCAAGCAAACCCGGGGCCAGCAACUUGGAGGAGAACGUCAGAGGCUACGACUGGCCCACCCGGGAGGCCAACGUGGUGGUGGACCAAGCCAAGUUGCAGAAAGAGAGACGGCAGAUGUUGCAGGACUGGUGCGCCAAUUCCAGCUUCUCCUUCCCGACCAAGGAGAGGACCUUUGAUGACAUUCCCAACUACGAGCUCAACCACCUCAUCGUCGAUGACCGUCACGGCAUCAUCUACUGCUAUGUCCCCAAAGUGGCCUGCACCAACUGGAAGCGGGUGAUGAUUGUCCUGAGCGAAAGCUUAAUGGAUCAAGGCGUCCCCUACGUUGACCCUUUGGACAUUCCCCGCGAGAAUGUCCACAACACCAGCACCCACUUCACCUUCAACAAAUUCUGGCGCCGCUACGGCAAAUUCUCCCGCCAUCUCAUGAAGAUCAAACUCAAGAAGUACACCAAGUUCCUCUUCGUCCGGGACCCUUUCGUUCGGCUGAUCUCGGCCUUCCGGAGCAAAUUUGAGCUGGCCAACGAGGAAUUCUACCGCCGGUUUGCCAUCCCCAUGCUCAAGCUCUACUCCAACUACAGCAGCCUGCCGACGUCGGUGAGCGAGGCCUUCGAGGGUGGCUUCCGCGUCUCCUUCUCAGACUUCAUCCAGUACUUGUUGGACCCUCGGACAGAAAAGUUGGCCCCUUUCAACGAGCAUUGGAGGCAGGUGUACCGCCUGUGUCAUCCCUGCCAGAUCGAGUAUGACUUUGUCGGCAAACUGGAGACCUUGGACGAAGACGCCACGUACCUGUUGCAGCUUCUCAAGGUGGACCAUCUUCUCCACUUCCCUCCCAGCUACCGGAACAGGACAGCCAACAGUUGGGAGGAGGACUGGUUUGCUAAAAUCCCCAUGGCGUGGCGACAGCGGUUAUACAAACUCUACGAGGCCGAUUUCGUACUUUUCGGAUAUCCUAAACCAGAAAACCUGCUCAAAAACUGAGCAAGAGUGAGGUGGAGGAGUGUCCCCCCCCCAAAUCCCAAAGAAUCCUCCUUAUUUGAUGUCCCCCAAAUCAGGGGGUCCCUCAUUCCCGGGUCGUAGCCCGGGACUGGGCCGCGGCCUGUUCAAAACCGGACCGCAUGAGUAGAAGGUGAGUGUGCACACGCAGCUCAAUUUGCGCAAGCGGUGGGCACUUACUCGGGUGCGCGCGUGAAGCUCCAUUUGUGGGACCGGCGGGCAUGCCCACCGCUCGCACAAAUGAAGCUUCACAAAUGCGCGCGAGUGCCCGUCACUCACGCAACUGGAGCUUCAUGCACGUGUGCGAGUGCCCGUCGCUCGUGCAAAUGGAGCUUCACAUGCGUGUGUGAGAGCCCACCGCUCAUGCCAAUCGAGCUGCGGGUGUGAGCCUGCCGCUCACACGGAACCAUUUCCUCCCCAUCACCACCACCAGUUUGCAAAGCUGGAAAGGUUGGGGACCACUGCCCCAAAUAACAAGGGUCUCUCCAGGUGAACCUCCACAAGUGUACUUUUUUCUACAGGCUCAGUGGCAAGCUCCCGAAACCUUCUGCAGAAAAGGUUUUCGAAGCCCCUCUUUGUCCAGUGUGACCUCUUUAUUUUUGCCGUUGUGUUACGAUCCGGUGGGUUCCGCCGCCAUUUUAUGUUGAUGCUUUUUCUUGGUGCAUUUAAAACAAAUGGAAAGAAAGAAUUAAUAUAUUAAAAAAAAAUAUUUAAUACGGA